CCUGUCUUGAUUAACUUGGAAGUUGCCUGUAUUUAUUGUUAAUGAUCAAGUGUUGGGAUUGGGAAACAGGUAUACUGAAACAGUGAAACCACUUCAUGGCCUUCACGUUUACUCCACCACGCAGAUACGAUGUGUUUCUGACUUUCAGGGGUAAGGACACUCGUGAGGGUUUUACAGAGCGUUUAUACCAGAAACUGCGGUGGCACAACUUAAUGGUUUUCAAGGAUGAUGAAGUUCCUGAAAGAGGGAUGCCUAUAUCUGAAAAGCUCCUUACUGCAAUAGAAGAUUCAAAGACUGCGAUCAUUGUCAUGUCACCAAACUUUGCUUCAUCCACCUGGUGCUUGGAUGAACUGUUAAAGAUUCUUGAAUGCAUGCAAGCUAGGAAGGCAGUUUUCCCUGUUUUCUAUGAUGUGGAUCCCUUCCAUGUCCGAUAUCAACUGGGAACUUUUGCAGAAACGUUUAAAAAGCAUGAGCUAAGGAUUAAGGAAGAUUUACCAAAGGUGCACCUUUGGAGAGAUGCCUUAACAACACUAACUAAUUUUGUUGGGUGGACUUCAAAAGAUUAUGGCUUGGAGGCAGAGCUUAUCGAUGGAAUAGUGGAACUAAUGCAGAGUGAACUAUAUCCAACUCUCACGUUGUCAGGUUCUACAGAGAAGUUGGUUGGGAGGGAUAGUCAGCUAAGGAAUUUUAUAGCGGUCUUAGAACCGGAGGCUGAAGAUGCUCGCCUUUUAGGAAUAGAUGGUGGGGAUGGGAUCGGUAAGACGACACUUGCUAGAUUGGUCUAUGAGAGAGUUUCCCAUAAUUUCUAAGUUAGCUGCUUUCUUGCAAAUGUCCGAGAAGUUCAUAAGAAACAGGGUCCUGUUCGUAUGCAAAACCAGCUGCUUUCACUUAUCUUCAAGGAUAAAUUUGUGCAAGUAUCUGAUGUUCUUAUGGAAACAAGUAUGAUUAAGAAGAGUUUAAAGAAUGAAAGGGUCCUGCUUAUUCUUAAUGAUGUAGAUCAGCUGGUCCAACUGGAAACCUUAGUAGGAAAGGCAGACUGGCUUGGUAACUGGAGCAGAAUCAUCAUUACAACUAGAAAUCAUCGGUUGCUGGUUCAGUAUGGGGUGAGUUUAAUAUAUACGCCUCCCCCGCAAACAAGAGAUAAAUGUUGUCAACUUCUCAGUCGGAAAGCCUUUCACGCUGAUACAAUCCCAGAUGAUUAUAUCCAUUUGUCCCGUUC